AUGGCACGAGAGCAACACUCAUCGACGCCACCAUGGGCACUAGACGCAGGACCUUUAUUUCUUGUUCUUCUAAUAGCAGCGCAUGUUCUUGGACUAGUAUAUUGGAUUUAUAGAUUAGCGACUCAGAAGCAACAACAACAGAGGCGGAAGGCUCACUGA